AAACCCAAGAGGGAAAAACAAGGCACCAAAUGGGGGGACUCCAUCUCAUGCUGCCAAACAAAAGGGUGCAAACAAGAAGAAGAUGCAGAAAAAUGCAAACCCAAACCCCAGAGCCAAAAACCCUGGACCCAAUCGAGGGCCUGUGCCACAUCAGCCCAAUGCCCACUUUAAACCCAAUAAUGGGCCUGGGCAACAUUGGCAAAAUCCACGGUUUUUGCCAAAACAAGGGCCUUGGCCACAUCAGCCCAAUGCCCACUUUAAACCCAAUAAUGGGCCUGGGCAACAUUGGCAAAAUCCACGGUUUUUGCCAAAACAAGGGCCUUGGCCACAUCAGCCCAAUGCCCACUUUAAACCCAAUAAUGGGCCUGGGCAACAUUGGCAAAAUCCACGGUUUUUGCCAAAACAAGGGCCUUGGCCACAUCAGCCCAAUGCCCACUUUAAACCCAAUAAUGGGCCUGGGCAACAUUGGCAAAAUCCACGGUUUUUGCCAAAACAAGGGCCUUGGCCACAUCAGCCCAAUGCCCACUUUAAACCCAAUAAUGGGCCUGGGCAACAUUGGCAAAAUCCACGGUUUUUGCCAAAACAAGGGCCUGUGCCACAUCAGCCCCAUCCUCACCAUAACACCAACGAUGGGCCAUCUCAGCCACAGCCUCACUUAACACCAAAUGAUGGCAGUCGUCCAUACAAUGAGACUGAUGAACUGGGUGCGCUGAGAUUCCACCUGCAGGAGGCUCAGAACAUGUGCAAAACCAAUUUUUAUAAAAUGACAGCUGCAAACCACAAAGCUGCUGCAGCUAAAACUCAGAAUGAUUGGGUUCGCUUUCAGCUACAGUGCUGCAGAGGAAACG